AUGCCUGAAGCAGUCAUUGUAAGGCACGAGUUCGUCCCUCCGCUUUUGCCACAAAUGGCGGCGCAGGAAGGCAGCGCGGACAUGAGGCGGGGAGUUGGGCUGGUCACCUGCCAGAUCAAAGGGCACCAAGGUGAGGAAACCCUCGGUCUCGUACGUGACCAAUGCUCGUCUGGCAUCCGGGUGCAAACGAAACAGAAAAUUGUGUUCGGGAAGGCUGACCUUUCGUCGGGGCGGUUGUCCCAGUGGCGCCACCAGAUUUCCUUGAGUGUCGCCGCCACCUGUUCCUGGGGUUGCCGGUGCUGGCGGUCAGGGUUCUCCUGCGAACCCGACCCGUACCACAGCUGGCAAAAGUACUCUGCUUCCGGCUCUUCCAGCCCUUUCAUCAUCCCGAUCACCCUCACGAAGCUCAUCUUCUGCAUUAAUAAACAAUUCAUUACCGAAGGAAUAUAUUUACAGGUUCAACCGGAAUCGUUAGUCAGGAGUUCAGGAGCCCGGGGUUUUGAACCCCAAGCCCUGCUGUUGCGGUUAUAUAUAUACUCGACCGAAGCACAUAGGUUGCAAUUUCGGGUUCGUCGUGUCGGGGAAAUCGGACGGCUUGACGGAUCUAAGCAGGAUCCUCCAAGACGGCGCCUGCUGCAAAGAUGGCUUCUCUCCGUGCAUUCCUCCAAUCCAACCCACGGACGCCGGAAAAAGGGCGGCUGCAGACCGCAACAUUCCAAUGUCACGGUCGCCGACAUCCUGGUACACUUUCCAUGUCGUCUGUACGAUCCCAUUCAGCACCAGCACGAAGGUGAGUGUGAGGGACACGAGGACCACCAGCUCGUGGUGCCACCGGUGGCGCCGUUUGCAAGCCAGGAUGCUCACGAGCCGCCGCAACAUUUUACCACUGGAGACCACGCGACCACCAUCGCGACCAUAAAUGCACUAUGUGCAUGA